AUGGGUGGAGUUAAAUUUUCAAGUUGGGGAAUCUGAACACGCAAUUCCUGUCCCAUUCCUAGUAACGAAUGAGAACUUAGAACUGCCUUUGGUAGGCUUUAACGUGAUUGAACAUUUAAUAAAGACAAAUAAAUUGAAUUGUGGUGUUAUUUCAUCUAACUUUGUUGGUAUGCAAGUCGCUCGUGCUUCCGCCCUCAGUGCACCAAUACGACAAGGCAUAAUAUUCAGCUUAGGGGUCGAACAGUUCUUGGUCGCCUCCAACUUGUUCAGUCAGUGGUCCCAAUAGAUGUCAAAUUAAAGGACAAUCCCUCUGACACUGUACUAUCCGAUAAAAACAAUGACUCAAGUGCUUGCAAGAGCAGCACAAUACAAGAUAAUUCACCAGUGAAUUUACCAGAACACCUGAAAGAUUUAGAUCUAGGCGGCUUGACGGAGGAACAGAGAAACCUGGCGUCAAAACUGCUGGUUGAACAAGCUGAUGCGUUUGCUAAGGACGAUGAUGACGUUGGUCAUAUCCCUAAUCUGCAAAUGAACAUUCGGCUCAAUGACACUAAACCUGUCCAAAAGAACUACGUUGCCGUGCCUCGCCCGCUCUACCCGGAGGUGAAGGCAUACAUUGAAGACCUCCUAAAUCGAAAUUUUAUUCGUAAGUCCAAUUCACCAUACAGCUCACCCGUAGUUUGUGUGAGGAAAAAAGACCAAACUUUAAGACUGUGUGUUGAUUAUCGCGAACUGAACAGGAAAACGCAGAUAGAUCGUCACCCCAUCCCGAGAAUUCAGGAAACUCUUGACAAUCUUGGAGGGAAUUCUUGGUUCUCCGUACUUGACCAAGGGAAAGCUUACCACCAAGGAUUUCUGAAACCCGAAAGUCAACCCCUCACAGCAUUCAUCACACCUUGGGGAUUGUACGAGUGGGUCCGCAUCCCAUUUGGCCUUUCCAACGCCCCAGCGUCUUUUCAGCGUUUUAUGGAGUCGUGUUUAGGUGACCUCCGUGAUGAAAUCUGCAUUCCAUAUCUUGAUGAUAUCAUAGUUUUCAGUUCUAAUUUUAACGACCAUAUUGAACACUUACGAAAAGUCUUUCAACGUCUUAAGGAACAUGGUGUUAAAUUAAAACCCAAAAAGUGCAAUAUGUUUAAGAGAGAAGUUGUUUUCCUGGGGCGAGUAGUCUCUGGCGAAGGGUACAAACUUGACCCCUCAACUAUUGCCCCAAUUUUACGCCUCAAAGCUACACCACCUAAGACAGUGAACGAAGUUCGGAAGUUAAUGGGAUUCUUGAACUAUUAUCGGCGGUAUAUUGCCAAUUUCUCAAGGAUUGCCAAGCCGAUUUACGAUCUCGUGAAGGUGUCGGAAAAUGACUCGAAGAACAAGCGUGGUAAACCAGUGGCUAACCAUCCAGUAUCGUGGACGUCGACUCAUCAAUCGGUGUUGGAAGAACUUAUCGACUGUCUUGUGAGAGCUCCAGUCAUGGCAUAUCCAGACCCUCACAGCCCAUAUGUCCUUCACACGGAUGCAUCAGAGAAUGGACUAGGAGCAGUACUUUACCAAGAGCAGGAUGAUGUCUUACGUGUUAUUGCUUACGGUUCACGAACCCUAACACCAGCAGAGAAAAACUACCACCUACAUUCUGGUAAACUAGAGUUCCUUACGUUGAAGUGGGCUAUCUGUGAACAAUUUAGAGACUACCUGUAUUAUUCUCCAAGUUUUGUCGUAUACACCGAUAAUAAUCCGUUAACGUACGUCCUAUCAACUGCCAAACUGAAUGCAACUGGCUUUCGCUGGAUUGGAGAAUUAGCUGAUUUCAACUUUACAAUACGUUAUCGCCCUGGAAAGAUGAAUACCGACGCAGAUAGUCUCUCUAGAUUACCUGAAAACAUGAGUGAAUACAUGGAUUCGUGCACUGCGGAAACCUGCCAAGACGAACUACGAGCCAUCGUCCAGUCGAUACAGUUGGAAGACAAAGGUAAAGUGACUUGGGUCUCAUCUCUCACCCAUGAUCCCACUGUAUUGCAUGGAGGUGAUCCACAACCAAUCGCUAGCAGUACUCCACAGUUCAACCUUAGUGACAUUCGACAAGCUCAGCUUAAAGAUAAUGUUAUUGGAAAAGUUUAUUCGUUUGUCGACAGAAAACAGCGACCAACUUCCUCCCAGAGAGCGGCAGAAUCACCCGAUACUAAACUCCUACUUCACGAAUGGCCAAAGCUGUUUAUUGAUAAAGACGGCGUUCUACGAAGACAGAGCAACUCACACGAUCAGAUUGUGCUUCCUAGACCAUACCAUCGAACAGUUCUACGUGAACUUCACGACAACAUGGCUCAUCUUGGAUCUGAGCGGGUCCUACGCUUGGCUCGAGAUCGGUUCUACUGGCCUAGGAUGCAGAGUGAUGUGGAGCACUACGUACGGAAUAUCUGUCGCUGUGUUAAGCAAAGACCACCAAGAUUGAAGACGAGAGCACCAUUACAACCUGUUAUCACUACCGCCCCCUUCGAGAUGGUUUCUAUCGAUUUCGUCCACCUUGAAAAGUCCAGUGGAGGGUACGAGUAUAUCCUUGUGAUUGUUGAUCACUUCACCAG